GGCUCUUCUUGUCUCUUGACUUAUCUCUCUCUCUUGAGUCCUGUUUUCACUCUUCCUCUCCAGGAACACCCAAACCUACUCACGCCUCGGUAUCGUCUGUAUUCCCGACAGUCGAGUUAUUUUCCUCCGUCGAAUCCCGCUCUUAUAGCUCCCCUCAUCUGUGUGCCUCUAUGUGCCUGUCUGCGCCCAUCCUCUCCUCGUUCGAUCUCGUUCGCUUUCCUGGCUCCUCUGCCUCCUCUACCUCCUCCGCCGCCUGUCUCCUGGUUUCGAAUUCAGAUCGGAAAGUCCCGGCAUCAUCACUUUCGCGUCAGCCUCCCACGGUGUCUGCGCCCGCUCUCUUUUCCUCCGCCGUGCUGCUCGAUCCCUCCGUGGACGAGCUGAUCUGGGUAGGGGUUGGUCGUCCGUCCUGAACAAGGGCGGACGGUAAAUUCAGUACUGUUUUGUCCGUUCUCUAAGGGAGCAAAGAAGAUUGAGUGCGAUCACUGGGAGCAUCUUGCCUUCCUUUUCAGCCCCAGCUGCGAAGGUAGGGUGUUGUGAGUUGUGACCGGGUUCGAAAUAUAAUUUGCAGGCUGGACCUUGCAGCUGCUGGAUUGUGUGGUCCAUGGUUGUGUGGGUGUGAUCCGCCUUCGGCUUGCUGACGCUCUGCUCUGUACUUUUAUUGGAGCCUACAUACUGCAAUUGAUAGACAAGGGAAUUCUAAGUCGUACCGGUGUACCUGGGGGAAAAAAAAAAAAGAAAAAGAAAAAGAAAGAAAGAAAGAAAGAAAGAAGGAAACCGG